GGGCUUUGUUUCAGGAGCAGUCCAAGAGGCUGAUGCUGUAUUUUAGUGUUUCCAAAGAAUUUGUGUGGAAAAGUGUCUAAAAUCCCAGAAGAAAUGGCAAAAUUAGGCGAUAACAGAUUAUCUUGGAUAUGCUGGUGCUUAUUAUUUGUGCUUUACUUGGAUUCUUGCAAAUGCGAUAGAACUUACUGCACACAGUUUCUUCCCAAAUGUGUUACUAAAAUUGGACCGAUCCCUUGGGAUGAAAAUUUCACCAUGAAAAUGGAUAAAAUCGUUUAUCUCUCAGUGUCUAAUAAUGAAAUUGUUGGCCAUCCGGUUGAAUUUCCCGAUUUAGAGAAUUUAAAUGAAUUAAUAAUUGUGAAUACAACGCUCGAUCAUUUGGACAAAUUGAAGUACAAAUGGCUCCAGAAAGCCCAUUUUAUUAGUGAUGGAAUUAAUUCAAUUGCAGAGGAUGCUUUUGAAGUACCUACAAAUCUGAGCAGUAUUGAUCUUUCUCAGAAUUUACUGACAUCCCUGCCAUCCAAAUUAUUCACCAGAUUGCCAUAUCUUAAUCACAUAAAUUUAUCAAAUAACAAAAUAGCGAAUAUUUCAAGAGAUAUCUUUUCUGCAAAUUCCUUCCUCAUGACAAUUAAAUUCCAAUCAAACUCCUUGGAAGAACUUUCAAUGGAUAUUUUUUCAAAUAUCACAAAACUCGAAGUGUUAGACAUCAGUAAUAACUAUCUGCAUAAAUUCAUACCAUCAGAAAUGUUCUUGAAUAUGCAAGAUGGAGUAUCAAUAUUGGACUUGAGCAACAAUCUCCUGACCAUCUUAGACUUGAGAAACAUCAGAGUUGCGAAUGUCAUACUCAAUAGUAAUUACCUGAGAAAGUUAUCCCUUGGACUUGGAUGCGUAGAACUCUUUGCUAAGAACAAUGAAAUCGAAGAUAUAUCCCUGGAUGCAUCUGCAGCAACUCUUCAGAUGCUCCAGUUGAAUCACAAUAAAUUGGGAGAUAAUAUCGGAAGUAUUUGCCAAUGUGAGAACUUAAGAUCAAUCUUUCUAUCUCACAACAAUAUCACAAAGAUUGGAUUCUGCUUUGGAAAGAUGAGAACCCUCAAGGAGCUCAAUCUGAGUGGCAAUAAACUUUCUCAAAUUGACUAUGGCUACUUCUUCACGGAUUUCCUAGAAACGCUCGAUCUCUCUUACAACAUUUUUGAGGAAUUUGAUGAGAACAUUCUGCCACUCUUUCAGAAUCUCCGGUAUCUCUAUCUCGAUGGCAAUCGUCUCAGUGAAUUUCCCAAGGAUCUUGAUACAAUUAUGCCCCAUUUGGUUCUCAUAGGACUCUCUCACAAUAGAUUUGAGUGCAAGAAAUUACUUACGCUCUAUCGACAGUACAAAGCCACUAACAGGAUAGCCUUUAAUAUUGAUGAACCAAGUCCAGUUAAUAUGACAAAUAUUCGAGGAAUGAUCUGCUACAAGAAGAAUGAGAGUGAAAUUCCUCUAGACGACACUGAAAAUGCGACAUCAGAUUCCCAGAAUCAUCUCAAAAUCUCCAAUAGCAUUUUCCGGAAAGAAUUACAGAAACUUCGAUUGAAGCUGGAAAAUUCCGAAAAUGCAACACUUAACCCUGAAUAUCGUACAGAACUGCCCUUGAUAAGUCCUCCUGUAACCAAUAUCACAACCCCAAUAAUAAUGGAAGCUGAAACAGCAAUAUUAACAGAAAAAAAUCUUCCUGAGGAAACUGAUCAAUAUCCAUCAACUACCAACAUCAAUGAGUACCAUCCCCAAAGAGCGGCUGAACUAAGGAACGAUACCAAUGCAACUGUUCUUGAUGACAUAUUCAAAUCCUUGAUGAACAUAGAGGGUAAAAUAAAGGAUCUUGGGCAAUUCUUCAGCCAAAAUAACCGAACCACAGUCACACAAUCGCUCGAUGAUAAGAACAGUGAACAUACUUUAGCAACGAUAUCAGCAAUUCUCGCGGUUGCAGUCAUAGUUCUUGUUGUUGGAGUUCUGUGGUACAAUUAUCAUUCAUAUUUCUUCUAUAAGAAACUCAGAGAAAAUAACGCAGAAGCUCUGAGAACCUUUCCUAAUAUUUACAAUUAUCAGUAAAAUAUAAAACAUAUAACUUCUUAAUUUCAUAUUAUGGGAAAGCCGGCAUGUUUAAGACACUUUUUUAUGUUUUGAUUUUAAGCAUUAUUUCCAAAAUUCAGAAAAUUAUCUGGAAAUUUUGUAUAGCGCUUAAUAUACUUUACUUACUAAUACAGACUUUAUUAAAAUAACUCGAUUAGUGUUUUGGUCACAUUUCCUUAAAUAAUCAAAGAAUAAUCCACCGGGUCUCAAACAUACAUGCUCUCCCCUAGUCCUAAAAUAAAAACUAAAAUUAUCUUAUUUAAAGAUAUGAAAGGUAUGUGAAACAAUUAAGUCAAUAUUCAUUUUUGUGAGUAUAAAAUAAAAUAAAAAGUCAAAAGUGGUCUA